AUGGGAAGUGUUAUGACAGAAAAAGUGAAGCUUAUAGUGGCAUUACUUGCUCUGCAGUUUUGCUUUGCAGGAUUUCACAUUGUCUCUAGACUUGCACUGAACAUUGGUGUGAGCAAAGUCGUUUACCCUGUUUAUAGAAAUAUAAUCGCCGUGCUUAUGUUGAGCCCGCUUGCUUAUUUCUUAGAGAAGAAUCAAAGACCACCCCUUACUUUUUCUUUACUGUUUCAAUUCUUCCUAUUAGCAUUGCUGGGCAUCACUGCAAACCAAGGGUUUUACUUGUUGGGAUUAUAUUAUGCUUCUCCAACUUUUGCUUCUGCAAUGCAAAACUCGGUUCCUGCCAUCACUUUUGUCAUGGCCUCAGCUCUAAGACUUGAGGAAGUCAACAUGGCAAGGAGAGAUGGAGUGACAAAAGUUCUAGGAACCAUUGCCUGUGUUGGGGGUGCCACUAUAAUAACUCUCUAUAAAGGCCCUCCUCUUCUUCACCUGCAGACGCACAAAAUACUACAAGGAGACACCUUGGACGUAGCUCAGUCUUCAACAAAAAUACAAAACUGGAUAUGGGGUUGCAUAUUCUUGCUUGGACAUUGUUUAUCAUGGGCUGGCUGGAUGGUUUUUCAGACUCCUGUUGUGAAGAAGUAUCCAGCAAAACUAUCACUCACUUCGUUUACAUGCUUCUUUGGAUUGAUUCAAUUCUUGAUUAUAGCAGCCUUUGUAGAAACUGACAUAGAGAGUUGGAAGAUACAAUCCGCAGAGGAGCUUUUUACCAUCCUAUAUGCUGGAGUUGUAGCAUCCGGCAUUGUCAUCUCUCUCCAAACAUGGUGUAUUCAAAAGGGUGGCCCUGUAUUUGUUGCUGUCUUCCAGCCCUUGCAAACCUUUCUAGUUGCUAUUAUGGCAGCCAUAAUUCUUGGUGAUCAGUUAUACUCUGGAGGGGUUAUUGGUGCAAUUCUUAUCGUGCUUGGUCUCUACCUAGUCCUUUGGGGCAAAACCCAGGAAAAAAAGGUGAUUGACACAGAGAAGGCAUCAUUGAUAAAGUCCUUACUCAAUGCUGAGAAAGAGAAUAAAGAAGCUGAUACUGCUCGUAAAGACAUACCUUGA